AUGUCACACAAACUGAGCGUGGUGUUAAAGUGUGGCUAUAAAAUCGCAAUCAAUGUGGACACGGAUGCGGUCAAGACAAUCCAUGAUUUGAAGGCUUACCUCCAGGCGCGCGGCAUCUAUUGCGAUGAGAGCGACAAAAUAGUGUACAACCAACAGAAAUACGCCCAUGGUCAAAACGUGCAUAGUUUGUUCUUGAUGGAUGGACCUGGUAAUAAUGAGUACCUGGUUAGCAGUAUCGGCGCUAAGGACGAGAUUUUAAUAGUCAAUAAAUCGGAGCCCAAAAGUGAUUAUACGGAAAGUCUAUCGAAAGAGAUAAAUGACUUGAAGGUGGAGUUGUCGGCGUUGAAGGCAUCCUAUGAUAGGAUUGUUUGCGAGAACCAGGAGUUGAGACAGAAUUUGAAUCAAUUGGACAUAAGUGGUUCAGAGGAAGGCAGUAGUGUUGGGAAGGGAUCACAGAAUCCGAUGACGAGAAUGACAGAUAUUUUGACACAAAUCCUAAAUGAGAGCCAAAAGACCAACACUUUGAUGAGUGGUAUGAAUACAGAGAGGGAUAAGGCGUUGAAAACACUGGAAGGCAUCCGACAACUGGUCGGUAAUACAGGCACUGAAUCGACGGCCAGUACCACACCAUUCAAGAAUAGUAUACAGAAUUCUGGCUAUAAACUAGUAAUAAAUGUGGACACCGAUGAGGUUAAGACAAUCAAAGACUUGAAGCGCUUCCUUAGUGGCAUCUAUUGCGAGGACACCGACAAAAUGAUUUACAUUGAGCAUCUUAUGGUUGGACCUAAAAGAGAUGGAUAUGCCAUAAGUAAUAUCGCAUAUAAUGAUGAGAUUAUUUUUGAGAGUAAAGCAGAUCCCGGAAGUGAUCAAAUCGAUGGCCUAUCGAAAGAGAUGAAUGAUUUGAGGAAAGAGUUGUCGGCGUUGAAGGCAUCCUAUGAUCGUAUCGUUUGCGAGAACCAGGAGUUGAGACAAAAGUUAAAUCAAAUGGACAUAAGUGGUUCAGAAGAAGGCAGUAAUGAUGGGAAGGGAUCACAGAAUCCGAUGACGAGAAUGACAGAUAUUUUGACACAAAUCCUAAAUGAGAGCCAAAAGACUAAUAGUUUAAUGAGUGGUGAGAAGGAAAAGGUGUUGAAAACACUGGAAAGCAUUCGACAACUGGUCGGCAACACAGACACUGAAUCGACGGCCAGUACCACACCAUGUCUCGUUAAAGUGAACCAAUUUCUGCCACAAGAAUCGCACGAAUUGGGGAUCCGUUUCCCCAAUCAGGUUAUGGUAUUCGCACGGGUCGUCCCCUUGCGAAAGUGUAGUUCCGCACUCAACGACAGACCCCUUAAGCACCUCAUAAUCGGGUCGUCUAUUCAUUUGCCGCAACACUUGAUAUGA